UAUUAUUUCCUGGGGAUAAUGGCAUUGACCGUUUCAUCAUCUCUUUAUCUCGUGUCCAACAACAGAACGGAAUGGAACAGAAAGCGUCGGAGAUGUGUUUUUCAAAAAGUUACUGUGUUUAACUUGACAGCGCGUCGUAGAUCGCAACGCUAUGUCGCAAAGCGUUAUGAAUAAAGAGCAGGACGCGACGUAACAGUCACAGACGCAGCCUACAAUUAAAUGUGUCGAACAGUUCAAAAUAGCGCAGACGGCACGCGAGAGCACGUCCUGUGUGAACGUCCCCCAAAACAUCGAGCCACUGACGGGUGUCCGUCCAUCCUCCUACAGUGCGAAACCAUGACAACAUCCCCGGAUGGUGGAGCUCGAGGGUAGCCAGGUGUCGGGUUGCGCAGAGGAGAGACACCUACGCGAUCGCUCCAGACUCUCCCAUGUAUCCUGCCUUCAUCUUGUGCACGCGAGGAUCUGAGUCGGGAGCCACCAUGGUGCAUCACUCUGGAUCCAUACAGUCCUUCAAGCAGCAGAAGGCAGGUAUGCAUACCAGUAUCAGUGAGAUUUUGAAGGAGAAAACGCUAAAGUCGUCUCGCCGCAGUCUGCCGUGUCUGGCUCAGAGUCAGACGCAUCCUCAGAACCUCAAUCACUUCCUGUCUGUGCCUCUCAGUCCUGAACCCAAAACAUACACUCACAACGUCAGUGCCUCCUGCACACACAUCACACCUCCUUCCAUAGACACGAGUCAGGAUGUCUAUGUGGAAGAGAGGGAGGUGGCGGAGUUAGAGCCUAAAACAGGCGAAACGUUACUCGUCCAGCAGAAGCCAGCGUCCAGAGCAAAGCUAGAGGCCCGCACAGACUCCACACAGGGGAACAAUUUAGAAAAGCCCUCAGGAUUGAUGUUUAGAGAUGGGAAGAAGCGCAUUGACUAUAUAUUAGUCUAUAAGAAAUCCAGCCCUCAGGUGGAGAAGAGGGCCACAUUUGAGAGGAACCUGCGGGCGGAAGGGCUAAUGCUGGAGAAGGAGCCCUCAUUAACCAACAGUGAUAUCAUGUUUGUGAAGAUUCAUGCACCGUGGGACACGCUGUGUAAAUAUGCUGAGCAGAUGAACAUCAGGAUGCCCUUCAGGAAAAAGUGUUACUUCACAGACUGGAAGAAAAAAACUAUGGGCAGUCAAUUUCAGUUGAGGUAUCGUCAGAUGAAGAGCUGGCUGCCCAGAAACCCCAUGAAACUGGAUAAAGAGGCGCUGCCAGACCUGGAGGAAACCGACUGCUACACCGCCCCCUUCAGCAGGGCCAGAAUGCACCAUUUUACCAUCAACAAUAGAGAGACGUUUUUCUCAAACUCAACCAGAAGCAGAAUAGUACAUCAUGUACUACAGCGUACGAAAUAUGAAGACGGGAAGUCUAAGAUGGCUCCUCCGUUGUGUUGUCUGUAUCUGCUUAAUUAUUAUGGGCAUCACGAUCGGCUCCUCAUGGGCCAGUCAGGGAGUUCGUGGGAAGGUAUUAAUCGGUUACUUGGCAACAGCACAUAUGAAGCAGCGUUUCCCCCACAUGAGGGAAGUUAUAAAAGCAGACAUCCGAUUAAAACUCAUGGAGCUCAAAACCACAGACACCUUCUGUACGAAAGAUGGGCGCGCUGGGGGAUCUGGUACAAAUACCAGCCCCUAGACCUUAUACGGCGGUACUUUGGGGAGAAGAUUGGACUCUAUUUUGCCUGGUUGGGCUGGUAUACAGGUAUGCUGAUCCCUGCUGCGCUAGUCGGCCUCUUUGUCUUCCUCUAUGGGCUUUUCACCAUGGACUCCAGCCAAGUAAGUAAAGAGAUCUGUGAGGCCAACACCACCAUCAUGUGCCCCAUGUGUGAAGGCAACUGCAGCUCUUGGACGCUGAGUGACAGUUGUGUCUAUGCAAAGGUGACCCAUCUUUUUGACAAUGGAGGAACAGUCUUCUUUGCCAUCUUCAUGGCAAUAUGGGCCACGGUAUUCCUUGAGUUCUGGAAGAGGAGAAGGGCGGAGCUAACCUACGACUGGGAUUUGAUUGACUGGGAGGAAGAGGAGUGUAAACCCUGUGUCAUGGUGUGUUCUGAGGAAUUACGGCCCCAGUUUGAAGCCAAAUACUCCCGGAAGGAGAGAGUAAACCCCAUCUCAGGGAAACCCGAGCCCUUCCAGCCCUUCACAGACAAACUCAGCCGACUCAUGGUGUCUGUUUCGGGAAUCUUUUUCAUGAUCUCUCUGGUCCUGACAGCCGUGUUUGCUGUGGUGGUGUUCCGGCUCAUUGCUAUGGAGAAGUUCGCUUCCUUUCAGUGGGAGUUUGUGAAGAAGAACUGGCAGUUCGCCACCUCAGGCACUGGAGUCUGCAUCAACUUCAUGAUCAUCAUGUCUCUGAAUGUGGUCUAUGAGAAAGUGGCCUAUCUUCUUACAAACCUGGAGCACCCACGGACAGAGUCAGAAUGGGAAAACAGCUUUGCCCUCAAGAUGUUCCUCUUCCAGUUCGUCAAUCUCAACAGCUCGACCUUCUACAUAGCUUUCUUCUUAGGAAGGUUUGCUGGCAGGCCGGGUGACUAUAAUAAGCUGUUCAACCGGUGGAGGAUGGAGGAGUGUCAUCCCAGUGGUUGUCUGAUCGACUUGUGCCUACAGAUGGGAGUGAUUAUGGUGUUGAAACAGAUCUGGAAUAACUUCAUGGAGCUGGGCUACCCGCUGUUGCAGAACUGGUGGUCCCGGCGUAAGAUGAAACGAGCAGGAGAGCAGAAUAACAGUAAAGAACAGCUGCCGCAGUGGGAUAGAGACUGGAACCUGCAGCCCAUGAACGCACACGGCCUGGUGGACGAGUAUCUGGAGAUGGUUCUGCAGUUUGGUUUCACUACAAUCUUUGUGGCGGCGUUUCCUCUGGCUCCUCUUCUUGCUCUGCUCAACAACAUCAUUGAGAUUCGAUUAGACGCCUACAAGUUUGUCACGCAGUGGAGGAGACCGAUGCCUGCCCGAGCCACUGACAUUGGAAUCUGGCAUGGUAUCCUGGAGGGCAUUGGAGUUGUGGCUGUCAUAACAAAUGCCUUUGUCAUUGCCAUCACUUCAGAUUACAUCCCUCGCUUUGUCUAUGCUUUUAAAUAUGGGCCCUGUGUGGACAAGGGUUACCGGCACGAGAAAUGUCUAAGAGGAUACUUGAACAACAGCUUGUCUGUUUUUGAUAUGGGCGAAUUAAAAAAUGGGAGUUAUCAUACUCGAUACUGCAGAUAUCGGGAUUACAGAGCGCCUCCAUGGAGUCCUGAACCCUAUGAGUUCACCCUGCAGUUCUGGCAUGUUUUGGCUGCCAGAUUAGCAUUUAUCAUAGUCUUUGAGCACCUGGUGUUUGGCAUUAAGACCUUCAUAGCCCACAUGAUUCCAGACAUGCCCAAAGACCUGUGUGAUCGCAUGCGCAGGGAGAAAUACCUGAUGCAGGAGAUGAUGUAUGAGGCAGAACUGGAGCACUUGCAGAAAGAGCGGAAAAAGAACGGCAAACGUUAUCACCAUGAGUGGCCUUAGCCAUGCUUGUCCGUAGUUACACACAUCAGUAAUGCCCACUGGAGAACUGCACGAACCACCCACAAAAGCACAUAAAGACUUGAGAAUGCCAAACAAGCGUCUUUGCAACAUGCACAACUGCAGCACACAUGUGAACACAGACAUUCAUGUAAAACCGUUCUGCUACCUUGGAUGGCUAGCUUUGACUCCAUGCAUCCAUGGGCUGCCCACUUUUCAUUGCUGUGACAACCUGAUCAAACGUUGGGCCUUUAGAGCCAGGAGUCGGCAGCUGUACUCUGCACCAAAGAGGAUCUUCUCAGUCCCUACCUGAGACCUCUGAUUAUCCUAUACUUUCAUCCUGCUGAGUGCAUUUACACACUUGAGCAGUAGUUCUCAAACUGUAGUGAUUGGCUACUUAGACUGUUGGUUAAUUUAGCUCCAUUAGCUAAAAGUAUCUAUGACAGCAGUCUGGCAAAUUUUGAGAACCACUGCAAUACAGAAAGCUCUGAUGGGGGGCAUUUUGUCUAUAUAAAUGUGUCUUGAGCAUAUGGGAUGAUUGGGAUUAGUUUGAAAUCAAGUGCAAAUGAAACAGGAUUUCCAAAAGCGCAACUGGACCCACCUGCCUUCUCAAUAGUCAACAAACGUACAUUGUAGCGCAAGAAGGAUAUUCACUUUUGCAAACCAUCGCUUUGUUCAUGUGAAGCAUCAUCAACAUUGAGAUCAAUGGAUUACAGUGUUUUCUAACACACAGUAAACUCCAGUGUGUGGGUGGAAAUUAUCAUUCACAACAUUCGUUGAGCACGAAUCCUUCCCAGCAUGGCCAGCAGUGGCACUGCACUUUCACCUGUGUUCUGUCGCAGUUCUGAAUGGAGCACUUUUGCGGUUGGAUUUUUUACUAUGCAGACGAAGGGCUUUUGGAGUUCCUGUUUUCUGCUUGCCUACUUGUCUGCAUCUCUGUGCGUGGCAGCUAUCAUCCCGCUGUGAAGCAGUUCUCUACCUGGUGACCAGGCAAUGUGAUGACGUUUACGUACGAACAUAUUUAACGAUACGCCCUCACUCUUUGCUUGCCAGCAUCUCACAUUGUGGUUCUUGUUACAAAAGUGGUUUCUGGUAAAGGUUACCAAAUAAAAAUCAGUUUGUUUAUGCAACUGAACAGUUUUUAUGUACUGCAUUGCCUUGAAAAGAUAUGCAGAUCUGUCUUUCAGUACAAUAACUCAUUUUGUCAAGACAAAAUAAAGAAAACAACUAGCCCAAAUUGUCAAAAUGGUGAUAUAAAUGACAUGCAUGGUAUUCUUUGAUUGCAUGUUGUUUCUUUGUUUUUCUUUAUUUUAUAAAUUGUCCACAUGCCUGUUUUUUUUUAGAGUGUGUGAACAUAAUUGAUGUGUGAGUGUCGCUCAUGUAUUUAUGUGCUUAUGGUCCCAUCAUUCCAUACGCAAGAUGCUGGCUAUCUUUGCAACAAAAUUUUAGCAUCUCUUCAGUACAAAGUAUGUAUGCUGUGAAUUUUCUGUAAGAAUAGAAUACCAGGAUGGCCUACAUUUACAGAAAUGUUCAACAUACAACCAGAGUGAGCUGUGUGGAAUGCAGUAUCCCACAAUGCAAUGCUUUGGAAUUUACCUACAGUACCAUAUAGUGCCGAAGGGGUGACAUGUUUUUUGUAGGUCAAACUGGAAGUUAGCAUUACCCUGGUUCCCUCGACAAAAAUCUAAUUGGAUUUUUUCCAUUGGAUUUCAGAUUAUCAAAGAGAAUAAGAGGUGUGUCCUACCUGUGACCUACAAAAGGUUUUCUUCAUCAUGAUAAGUUUUCACAAAUGAACACAACUUUCAUGAAUUUUGAAGCUUAAAUACAGUCACAGUGCAAAUCUAAACAUUGUCUGCAAAGGAACUACUGUCCUUCUUGAUUCAUUAUUUGUUUGGAAUACCAAAAUUUCUUAACAAUGUGGAUUUACCUUUUUAAAAUUAUUUUAUUAAGAUAUUUUUCGAUGCCAGUCACUGAAUGUACAGUAGCAACAAUGUAGCAUUCUACUGUUGGAAGCAUUUAUUGUUGCAUAAUGGAUGCUGUUUUGCAGUAUAGUAUGCAAUAUGCAUAAACUGUGCAGUUAGUUUUCCACUCAAAACAUAGUCAACUAGUGUAAAAUAUUUAAACAGCACUGCCCAUUGAUAUAUCCAUUAUACAUACAGCUAGAGCUUAAACAGAUGUGAUGAUACAAUAAACUU